AUGCCCAACCUCGAGGGUAAAGUAGUUGUUGUCACCGGCGGGAAUGCAGGCAUUGGCUUGUCAACCGUUAAGUACCUCGCCCUUCGAGGUGCCAAGGUUUACUUCACAGCAAGAUCAAAGGCCAAAGCCGAUGAGACUCGCACCGUGCUGACGGCCGAAAACCCUGCGACAAUCGCCGCCAACCUGCAUUGGCUUCCCUUGGACUUGGCAGACUUGAAGUCGGUCGCCUCCGCAGUCGAAGAGCUGAAGAGCAAGGAAUCUAGGGUAGACAUUCUGGUAAACAAUGCCGGUCUAGCCUCCGGCACGACGGAGACGAUGGGUCCCGGGUGGGAAUGGCACAUGGGGGUCAACCAUGUCGGGCACUUUGUCUUCACCAACGGCGUGCUGCCGCUUCUCAAGGAAGCUACAAAACAACCUGGGGCCGACGUCCGCAUCAUCACCCUCAGCUCCAACGUUAACUAUGCCAUGCUGCCAUCCAACUACGCAUUCACCUUCGAUUCCGCGUCCUUCCUGACGAAGCCUGUGCCUUACUACCCGUGGCAAUGGCGUUAUAUUGUGAGCCGUAUAUUCGUGGUCGACAUGAUCCGUUACGCCGUCUCCAAAGUCGCCAAUCUACUCUUCGCCCAAGAGUUGCAGCGACUUCUGGACGAGCAAGGCCUUCCGAUCCUGUCCAUGUCAGUGCAUCCGGGUGGCGUGGCCAGUCCAGGUAGUAAGGACAUUGGAAAUGCCUUCUUUUCGUUCGUCAGAUCAGCGGCCUUCCUCACAGUCGACCAGGGCGCCAUCACGUCCGUCUUCGCGGCCACUGCCACCGAGGUUCGGGAGAACGCAGACAAGUAUAAGGGUAAGUACCUGGAGCCGUUUGGCAAGAUCGUAGCCCCCAAUCCAGUCGCCAAGGACGAUAAGCAGGUGAAGGGCAUGUGGGAGCACACCACAGUCGAAGCGAACAAGUACUUGUCGACUCUUGGCCUCGCACCUCUUCAAGAAUGGUAG